AUGAACUUAGAGGAAGCCACCACGGACAUGGCUUCUCUGCCUUCGGGAUCUAAUCCUUUAUCGAAUCCCACUUCCGCAAUUAAGACUUCGUCGAAUCAAGACAAGUUUCUCUUUGAUUGCGACCAUUUGAUCAACUUUUGCACUCAAUUUGAACAGAGUGACAUUCAGGAUCAAACUGAUUCGGUAUUGGAAGUAAAGUUAGAGGACCUCGAGAAUCGGUGGCAACGACUUCAGGCUACCUAUGAAGGUCUCAUGCUAGCUCCAAGAAGUGUCAAUACCAAGGACUACAGGGACAACGCUAGAGUUAAUUUCAAUGCCAGCUCCGAAGCCUAUUACAUGGCAAGGUCCCAAAUCCUGGAUAUUCUGAGAAUAUCAGGAGGAAAUGCUCGCCAGAACGCUAGGCACAGCCUUAUUCCGGCUUAUAUUCCCCAGCCUUCGGUUGAUCACUCCUCUCAAGAGGUGGCUGGCAGUUACAUCAAAGUGCCUCCCUGUGAUACAGAGGUAUUUAAAGGGGGUUACGAGGAAUGGCCAUCAUUCCGUGACAUGUUCACGGCCGUUUACGUUAACCAUCCAAAAUUGACGAGAGCUCAGAAGUUAUAUCAUCUGCGGAACAAGACUAGAGGUGCAGCUGGCGCCAUAGUCAAGAGAUUCACUCUAUGCGAUGAAAACUUCGAACUCGCUUGGAGUGCUCUAAAGGCUCGUUAUGAGAACAAGCGGGUCUUAGUAGACAAUCAAUUAAAGGUUCUCUUCAACAUUCCUAUGGCAUCUGUGGAGAAUAGUGAAGCAAUUCACAAAAUUCAAUCCACCGUGAAUGAUUGCCUGUGCACUCUCGAGACUCUUGACGUCAAUGUAGAAAGCUGGGAUCCCAUACUCUUAUACUUGGUUUCGACCAAGUUGCCAGAUGAAACGCUGGCUCUGUGGGAGCAAUCCCUCAAAUCUCACCGCGAUCUUCCUACCUGGAAACAGCUCGAUGAAUUCCUCAUCAACAGGUACGAAAUCGUGGAACGGCUCUCGAGCAUAAAAGCCACAAAGACCAGAAGUUCGCUCCCGUCUCAAAGCAGUGGUAAGGUUCAAACUUAUCACUCGCAAGAAAAGCUAAGCUCUUCUUGCCCCCUAUGCAGUUCCGACCACACCAUAAGAAGUUGUGGACAGUUUCGGAAAUAUACUGCGCAACAACGCAUAGAUUUUGCAUACAAGCACAAGUUAUGCAUAAAUUGCCUCUCCUCAUCUCAUCUCAAGACAAAUUGCAAAAGUGUGAACACCUGUAUAAUUUGUCAUAAGCCACACCACACUCUGCUUCAUCUAAGAAGUAAUCCAGAAGUGGAAACUGAAGAUCAGGCAACCCAUUCUAGUCGCGAGGAUGACAAGGGUCAAAUGAAAUCGUCUGGCAUGAAUUCGAGAAACACGGGUCAUAAUGAGGCUCCCUCAACUUCAGGCGCAAGGCGCCCCUCUCACGUUCAGGCCAAUUUCUCGUCCAACAACGAAAUGAUUUUGUUACGAACAGCUCUGGUUCGGAUGGAACAUCAAGGGGAGUUGUUUACGUUAAGAGCUCUUAUUGAUCCUGGUUCUCAACGAACCUUUAUAACACAGCGAAUUCAGAAGCGCUUACAAAUUCCCACUUCUAAAGCGCAUUUUGAGAUUUUUGGUAUUGGCGAACAGACUCAAACGUCAAAUAAGGAAUGCCAACUUGUCAUUGUGGCGGAGAAAUACGAUGUUCGCUUCACAGUCUCGGCAAUAGUAUUGCCUAAAAUGACAAAAUGGCUUCCUUCCGUCUCAUUCAAAAUCUCAAAUCCGUCCGAGUUGGAGGAGUUAGAUCUGGCCGAUCCAAACUUCAACAAAUCCGCUCAAAUUGACCUAAUUUUAGGCAAUGAUUCUGAACGAUUCAUUAAUAUGGAAGGAAUCAGGAGGAAUAUAUGUGGCGAUACCUCAGCAUACAAUACAGUUUUUGGCUGGGUAUUGAGCGGUCCAAUGCAAACUGAGAGAAUUUUAUCAUUUUCCACGAACGUGGUGGAAUCCGAGGAUAUAGAAAUCAGCGAACUUCUGAGAAAAUUCUGGGAGCAAGAAGAGGUACCCAUGGCUCCUCCUCUUUGUGAAGAUGAUCAGUUUUGCGAAGAGUUUUACUCUAAAACUACCUCCAGGUCGCCGGACGGUAAAUACGUCGUGAGACUGCCUUUCAAAGCAGAAUUCUCCGACUCCCUCUCUCUUGGCUCAUCUCGCUUUCUGGCUCUGGCUCAGUAUAAUCGGAUGGAGACAAAGCUCUCUAAUGAUCCCGAGCUAAAAACCGAGUACAAUUCGGUUUUAAACGAGUACAUUUCUCUUGAUCACGCUCAGGAGACCUCGUCUCAGGAAAUCAACUGCGAUGGACGAUACAAUUCAUUUUAUCUCCCACACCACGCAGUCGUCCGUCCAGAACACAAGUCCACGAAGGUGAGAGUUGUGUUCAACGCAUCUCGUAGGAGCAAAUCUGGUUAUUCGCUGAAUGAUGUGCUCCGCACAGGACCUACACUGCAAACCGAUUUAACGUCUGUGAUCCUCAAUUGGCGCCGAUACCGAUAUGUGUUCGGUGGCGACAUUCAGAAGAUGUAUAGGCAAAUAUGGCUACAUCCGAUCGACAGAGCAUAUCAACGCAUACUUUUCAGACCGGAUCCUAACGGACCGGUGAAGGAUUUUGAACUAAAAACGGUUACCUUUGGUCUGAACUGCGCACCGUUUUUAGCAAUUCGCACUCUAUUGCAACUCGCCUCUGAUUCCGAGGAUGAGUUUCCGAAUGUCGCAAAGACACUGAGGAAGGAGACUUAUGUCGACGACAUUCUGUCUGGUGGCUUCACUAUAGAGGACACUAUCCGCAAGCAAGAGGACUUGAUAUCAGUUCUGGGGCAAGCCGGGUUUCCUCUUGUGAAACUGACUGCAAACGACCCACAAUUACUUGCCCGGCUUCCCAAAGAGAGUCUCUAUGACUCUGACUUCUUGCGUUUCGAUGAAGCGAGCACAACGAAAACCUUGGGUAUCAAAUGGAAUGCGCUUACUGAUUCUUUCAGUUACACCCUCGGCGCUCUUCCAACAGAUCAGCCCAUGAGCAAACGCAAGGUACUGUCUGCCGUUGCUCAGUUAUUCGAUCCUGCAGGAUGGGUGGCUCCCAUUGUAAUCAGGUCGAAGAUACUGAUGCAGCAACUUUGGCUAGAAGGUUUGGAUUGGGACGACGAACUCGGCUCAGAAACUCUAAUGAAGUGGAAUUCUCUGAUAUCCGACUUGAAUCACAUCGGAUCAAUCUCCAUACCCAGAUGGCUAUAG